UGCUAGAAUAGUAUAGGUGUAGCUACAAACAAAAAUCAUUUCCCUUGGAUAUAUGAAGCUUUAUAUGUAAAAUGCGUUUCAAUAUUUUCCUAAAAACAUUUAAAAACAAAAUUCGAUUCAUAAAAUGAGUGGGUGGCUUGAGAAUGAAUUGUCCUGUGAACCACCACUACCAGGUGAUAAUUGUUGGUGCUGGCAUGGCGGGCAUCGGAGCUGCGCUUAUGUUAUACGAGAACGGGUACAAAGAUAUAAAAAUAUUAGAAGCUCAAGAAGAAGCAGGAGGAAGAAUAAAAACGGUUCCUAUUCAAAAUGGUUUUAUAGACCUUGGUGCUCAAUGGAUUCACGGUACUAACGAUAAUUGUUUGUAUAGAUUAGCCAAGAAACAUAAAUUGCUUGCUGAUGAAAUGUCAGAGGAAGGCAGUGGAUUAUAUAUAAGAGACGAUGGGUUUGUGUUUGAUUCCGCUCUAGUUAAUGAAGUAAACUUUGAAUUAAGAAAAAUUACUCUCGAAUGCGAAAAAUUUGUGAACGAAGGGAGUUUUCCUACUUCCGUUGGGAACUUCAUACAAGAAAAGUUCGAAGCGUAUAUCGAACGCGGUGCGAGCGCUUUGGAAAUGAAAAAAGAAUUAUACGAUUGGCACAUUAAAUUUUUGUUAGUAGACAAUUCGUGUUGCAGCCUACAAGACCUAUCCGCUAAAGAAUGGGGAAGGUACAUUACCGGACCGGAGCAUGUAAAUCUAAAAAAUGGCUAUAAAUCAUUGGUCGACCUAUUAAUUUCGAUGUUGCCGACCGAAGUAUUCAAGUAUAAUUCGUCGGUUUCCAAAGUAUGCUGGUCAAAGGAUAAGGAUUAUGCAAGACUGCAUUGUGUAAACGGAGAAGUGUAUGACUGCGAUCAUGUAAUCGUUACUCUCUCCUUAGGCUUCCUAAAACAUUCACCAAAUUUCUUCCAACCGCAACUACCAUGUAGAUUAAGCGUAACAAUAAGUUCAAUGGGAUUCUAUGGUAUAGCCAAAAUAUUUUUGAUAUACGACGAUAAGUGGUGGAAUACUAAUGGAUUUCAAAUAGUUUGGAGAAGAAAUACCAAAUUACAUAAAAGUAGAAAUUGGAUUAGAUACAUCACAGGUUUCGAUGUAGUAUACAACCAACCCAAUGUACUGUUGGGAUGGGUGAGUGGAGAAGGUGUUCCGGCCAUGGAAGAGCUAAGUGAAGCUGACGUUGGUAAACAUUGUACGGAAUUACUUGAAAUGAUUUUAAAUAAAUCAGUGCCAAAUCCGUCAAAAGUUAUCAGAACAAAGUGGAUGUCGUCUCCGUGGAUUCGAGGUGGAUAUUGUCACAUAACACCACAAUGCGAUAAGACUAAGACAGGACCCUUGACGCUAUCUGAGCCUGUCUUUGUGGGAGAUGUGCCGCGAAUACUUUUAGCUGGGGAAGCGUGUAAUGCGAAACAUUUCUCUACAACGCACGGCGCUUUCGAAUCUGGACAAAUACAAGCACAAAGGAUAUUAGAUUAUUUGAAAUAACAUUGGAGGAUCGAUAACUAUUCUUCCAAAUAUUGCUCAAACUUUUAUUUAAGUAUUUGAUUUGAUAUACAAUGAUUG